ACUUAACUUAGCAACAAUUCGACUCUAUGUUAUAAAUCAAAAUUCUUUCGGUUGUAUCAAAAUUAUUACAGAUAAAAUUUUUUUUUUUUCAAAAUGAUGGCACGGGAUAUGAGAGGCUUGAUUGGCAAGCUUGUGGUACAAUUCAAGGAUCGCCAGUCAAUAGGAACAGGAGCAACUCGGCAAUAUUCAACGAAAAAGCCACAAAAGACUUGUCCAUGUCCAAUUGGAGGUAAACCAACUCAUAGCCAUGAUCCUCCCGCCUGCUAUGAGCCAGAACGUUUGGAAACGAACGCGUUUAAAAUUCCACCUUUCAUUAAGCCGAAAAUAUUUAGACCCAUUGAUAAGAAGGAAAUAUUGGGCCCGAAUGCUGGGAAGUGUGAAUGCUACAAGAAUCCCGAAUAUUUCUCGUAUCAUCGUUACUCGGUUUUUGAUCUGAAAAUUGCAACAAACGCUGUGAAAGCGUGUAUUAAAUGCUGUGAAUAAAAUGCCAUAUUAUUGACACACUUAA